AUGCUGGCUGGAGACACUUUGCUAUUCAAGUACUUUGUGCACUUCGUUCCCGACUUCUACUUUGACGUGUGGGCUCAGAUGUGGGAUCCUGGGCCAGGUUCUUCCAGAGACUUUCUUGCAGGUGAUGGCGGCGAAUUUCUUUGCUGGCCAUUGGUGGUCGCCUUUGCUUCGACUACCUGCUUCUUGGUUCUUCACCGUCUCGGUGUGGCACUGUGGGUUGUGCUCACCCCGAAUGUUUCCUUGGACCUAGUGAUGAGGAGGCCUGCGGCGCCGCUUUGCUUGGCGGAUCGUGCUCCUGACAGCCUGCUCUCCGACUCUGUGGGCGCAGUGGCUGGUGGCUUCCAGUGCCCUUCUCGACGUCGACUUCUUCGUUGGCUAUGGAGACGGCUCCGUUCUGAGGCUGUGGCCUUUGAAGCUGCUUGGGUUGGCAGCCGGAACUUUCGGCAGGAAGCUGCCGACCUUGACAAUGCUACCUCAAGGCAGCUCAAAGCCGUUGAGGAUUUGGUCGGCCGCGCCCGUCGGCAGCCAGACUUUGAUUUCCUCGAUGGGCUCCAGAAGUUCAUCGACAAGGAGCGCGCCAAUGCUGGCGACUCUCAAGCUGGUGGCUCCUCUUGGUCUUCAGGAUGGGACGCGCAAUGGGACGCUUCUUCUUGGCAAGACUGGUCCGGAUGGGACGAGGAAGAUUGGCCUGGGCUCACUUACCAGAGGCCACCGAACUGGCCACGGUUGCCGGCUCCGGCGCAACCUCCUCAGCAGCAGCGAGCUCAGCGGCAAGUGCAUGCUAAGCCUCCUUCCUGGCAGUCUGUCACUUGGAAGCCCCGGCUUGCCGAUUGGAAGUCUGACAAGGCGAGCGACGUCAACUUAGUUCAGGGCCAGCUUGAGCUUUCUUUGGCGCUUGACAACACUCCUGCAGUUCCUUUGCUGGUGUUGGCCCAGGGUGUCGACGACUUCAAGGAGUGCGUGGGCAUCGCAGAGGGCGAGCGCAAUGCCAUGAUCACUAUUCUGCUUCCGGCGGACCACCACUGGCCCGAGGACGACAUCAACCAUCGGCCGGCCACCAACAGAAUUCCGGGCAACUUCCAGCGAUCCUUGCAGGUGAGGAGUUGCUACAUCAAAACCUUUUCGAGUGGCUCGCCUGUGCUUGUGACCAAGCAGCAGGUCGCUACGGCCUCUAUUGCCGCCUACAAGGCCAAAGCUGGGACCCGCCAUCGUGAUGGAUGGGUGUUGCGCCUCGUGUGUCCUUGGAAGUUCCAUGGCUCCGCCCAGGACUGGAAAAAGGAGCUGGGUGACACCUUCAAGUUCGAGCUUUUGGACGGCGACAAGGCUAGUGCACAGCUUCGGGGCCUCAUGCGGGUUACAAAGGAGGAAGCGGCCGCUUCCCUUCUCAAAGCCAGUGGGCAAGCUGAUGACCUUGGCCGUUGUUGGUUUGUUGAGCCCGUCCAUGGUGACAUCCAGGCUACUCAUCAAGGUGUUCUUUGGCAUGAUUGGCAAGCCGAGGAGACCUGGCCUGAGUACCUUCAGAGGGCUGUGCGUCUUUCGGACCAGGGUGUUGUGCUUGGGCGGGUCCAGUUGGGCUCCAGAGUUCCGAAGGAUGACAAGCGCUUGGCCGACAAGGUUUCGACAUGGCGAGCUUGCAGGUGUCCUCGUCACUGGACCGGCGAGAUGGUGUGCGACCUCUUUGCUUCGCUUGGCUUCCGGAAUGCCGAUGUCUUCCAGAAGUGCAACCGUGGACCUGAGGUGGAUUGGGUCAUUCGAGCCAUUGCGCCCAAUGCCAACGACCUCUUUCAGCCGAGUGUGAGCGAUGGCGAUGGCGCCCAGACUGAGAUUGCCAUAGUCAGGGCCGGGAAGGCCAGGGAGAAGCGUGUGGCUGCCACCCUGCCUGCUGUUGACCCUGACGGUGAUGCGGCUAUGCAGUCUGCCCCUGGUGCUGAGGAGCAGGAGUCCAAGCGGCCCAAGAAGGAGGAGUAUGCUGCCCUUUGGGACGGUGUCAAGGCUGGCGUGGCCAACAAGGAGGCGGCUCCUGACUGGAAGGGUGGCUUCGACGACUACCUCAACGACAUUUGGCUGGCACCUAUGGUCACGGUCUUCUCCCAUGGAGGCAAGGAGAAGGAGCUCUGCCUUUUCUAUGACCCCAAGGUGCCCCACUAUGAGUACCUUGCUGGCUCUGUUCAAGAUGAGUUGUCUGCCUUUGCCAGUGCACCGGCUGCUGAGCUUCGUCACCUUUGUGCACCUGGAGCUGCGUCUGGAUCGAUUGGACUUGCCGCCUUGGCCUCAGCCGUCGGUAGCAAUCCUGAACAGGACCUUGAUGGGUGUUUGCCCGAGAGCGACGUUGUCUCUGACGACAAGCCCGCGCCAUCCCGGAGGUGGCCCAAGUCCAAGUAUGCUGUGGAGGGUGGCUUCCGCUUUGAAUGUGAGCUGUGCCCACUUGUUUCUGAGCAUGCUACGCGACACAGGGCGGCGGUUGCUGCUACUCUUCAUUACAAGCAACGCCGCCCGGAGAAACCGCGCAGGAAGUGCACUCCCCGGGCUGAGAGGCCGCCGCUGGUGAAGGCUGACGACCAUCCUGGAAAGCUCCGAUGGUCUUGCCCCUACUGUGCUAAAGGCUGGCUCCUCAAGGAUGUCGAUGGCUACCCCAACAAGCUCCUUAUCAAAUGGCGCGGUGAGCAUCGGCAUGAGCAUCACCCUCGUGUCUCGGAUGCCAACUGGAGGAAGGCUCUUUCUCGCCAAAGGCAAACUCCUCAGUUCCGCAAAGCCAUGAGGGUCGGUAUGCUCAACAAGUUCACUGCCAUUCCUCAUCGUAUCCACGAUAUGAAGAAGGCGGGCUUUGACAUGUUCACGUGGCCCCGCCUGGCGCCACACAAAGCUUCGAACUCUAAAGGAGCCAAGCGGCUCCAGAUGCUCCGGGCUUGGGAGUGCGCCAAGUGCAGUGCUGUCUUCCGGGAAAAGCGCUGGGCGAAGGAGCAUCGAUGUGGCGGCCCCAGGAACAUCACGGUCGCCGCUGCCAAGCAAAGAAUUACUCAGCUCCGCGCUGCAAGGAGGCGGAGCCUGGCCUUCGCAACUGAGCUUCGCUGUGCUACUUUCAAUGUGCCGGCAGUGGUCGGGAAGCUGCCGCUGCUCUUUCAGAUGCUAGACUUGUAUGGGGUCCAAAUUGUGGCCCUUCAGGAAGCUUCUAUCAAUUUGCCGACUCGGCAGAGGUUCCGCAACGUGUGCCGACAACAUGGCUUCAACGUUGUCUUUGGUGGGCUCGACGAGGCGGGCGUCACGAAGGUCGCUUUGCUCUCCUCUCUGCCCAUCACUGAAUUUGUUUGCGAUUCUCCAUGCCCUGAUCGUAUAGCUUGUGGGGUGGUGGAACUUCGGUUUGGAGCUGGUUCUGAGAUCGCUUACUCAAAGCUUUUGGUCUCUUCUGUUUAUGCUCAUGCAUGUGAUGACGUGGCUCGCGAGAUCUUCCUUAAGGAAUGCCUCCAGAGCUUUUCGUUGUUGAAUACCCGAUGGCUGGCUUUGGGCGACUUCAACAUGGAGGUCGAGGACCCUGCCUUGGCCCCUAUCCUGGCUUCGGGUGCUGUUCAUUGCCUUGAUCAAUAUUUUCCUGAGCUCCCUGAGGCCACGCGUCGUGACGGACACAGACGUAUUGACUUUGGGCUUGCUCAUCCUGCUCUUGUUGCUGUACAGAGGGUCCAGUCUGUUGACGUGGACUUCGGUAUUUCCGACCAUGACCUCGUGGCUUAUGGCUUUGAAGUUGGCGACUUUGGCGUGGGCUCAUACAAGCCUCACCGCCCCUCCUUCCUUGAUAGUAGUGGGCGAUCUGAACUCCAUGUCGGCGAACGUGAACGUCGGCCUUUCCCUGACUGUGACCAUGCCUUACAACUUGCUGUGCGCUGCCUCCUUGAUCAGGGUGAGGUCGAUGAGGCUUGGACUUUGCUCUCGGACUUUGCGGAGGACCAGCUUUGCUCUGACUUUGGCAGGGGGGUGUGCCGGCGUUCCUCUCACUGGCGUCCGACCACUUUAUCGAAGUGCUCCAAGUCCGCUGUGGCCCCGGAGUCAGUUCACUUGAUUAGGCUCCGUCGCUUUCAUCGCCGGCUUCUUCAUUUGGGUCGUCAUCCUCACGAAGCUCAGCUUCGGGCUCGUACUCAGCGGGAUGCGGCUCACUUUCGUGCUACUUUGAGUGCUGCCUCAGUUCACCAUUGUGGCCUUCCUAGCUGUCCCGACCAGCUUGCUGAGCUUGCAGCGGUCGUCGCCUCCAUCAUCAAGAAUGAGGAGGAUGUGGUGCGGGAUCAUCGCAUUAAGGCCUGGAAAGCCCGCAUGCGGCUCGCUCCGGACAAGCAGCGUACAUGGGUGAAGACUCAUGCCCAGGCUCAUGUCAAGGAGACGCGUUCUGCUGGGCCCUCUCCUACUUUGGGUGGCGUGAUGGCUUCUGCGAUUCAUCCUGCUCGUGUUGUGCUGGAGCAACAACAUGAGUGGUCUAGUUACUGGCGGCAGCGGCCUGGCCUUGGAGUCGGUCGUGACUUCCACUCCUUGCUUGCUGACGUUCCGGUGCCUGCAGUCGAGGUGACUGUUACUGUUGCGGACUUUCAGUUGGCCAUGCGGGCCAUGACCAGCAAAGCAGCCGGACCUGACGAUUGGGACGCGGGCCACCUCCUCCAGAUGGGCCCCGGCUGGUGGGCUUGUGCUGUGGAGAUUUGGAACCACUGCCUCCUCUCGGGCGACAUUCCGAUGCGUUGGAUGGAAUCCAGGGUCAUCCUCAUUCCCAAGCCGGCAGGCGGCCAUCGACCUUUGGCGGUCGCAUCAGUGUUGUGGAGGGCGGGGACUAGAGCCACCCUCAAGCACCUCAAGGCUUGGAUCGACAGCUGGGCUACUUGCCACUUGUUUGGUGGCUUGCCGUCCCGUGGUGCGGAGGAUGCCUUGCACUGGAUCUACCAUGGGUUGACUCGGGCUCGUGAGGAUGGUAUCGCCCUGCGCCAGGACAUCCACCGCUACUUUGACAGCAUCGAUUUCGAGCAGGGCUUUGCUGUGCUCGAACAUCUUCGUGCUCCUGCUUGCGUCACGAGGCUUCUUCGGACUUUCUACUCGCGGGGCUCCAGAAUCUUUGCAGCUGGUCCGUUUCAGGGUGACGACUGGCAGGGUGGCUUCCGGCGUGGAGUCCUUCAAGGGUGUCCUUUGUCCCCCUUGGUCGGUGCGGCAGUGAUGCUCCCUUGGCUUCAUCAAGUACGCCUUCCUGGCAUCGAGUGUGCGGUGUACAUGGAUGACAGAGUGCUUUGGGCUUCUGACCCAGCAAGCAGCGCAAGCCUUCGCCUGGCUUUGGAACGGACAGAGACCUUUGACCGCGUCUUUGGCUUCAGGUGUCGGCCUUCCAAGUGCGGCAUCUCGGCGGUCUCCAGAGGGGCUGUCGCCAACUUUGGCCUCGACUGCUUGGAGUACCCCUUUGACACCAAGUUUGCUGUGCUGGGAGUUGUCUUUGACUUUUGCGAUCUCAGCUUUGUGCAGACGCUGGUGGUGCCUGUCUUUACUUGGGCAGCUGGUGUGACCACCCUCCCUGAAGGUGAUGUCUGCAGAAUCCGGAACGCCAUCCUCGGCUCCUUCGGUACUCAGCUUCCUCCGGAUGUGCCUUGGGGUCCGUUCUUUGAGAUUCUUGGAUGGCAGGUGGAGCCUACCUUUGCCAUUGCUGCGGCGGCCAUCAGAGCUGCUACGCGGUGCCAGGCUGCUACGAAGGCUUGGCUUGACAGUGCUCCUUUGCACUUUGCGGCCAGCACUUGGCCUACGAAGCUUCCGGCCGCUGUCAAGACGGUGCAGGCCCUUGGCUGGCACGUUUCUGCUGAUGCCAAGUGCAUCCUUCGUCCUGGAGAUGAUGGAUCCUUGAGGAAGUACCACCUUGGUCAUGAUUGCUUCGGCUGCAUUUUUGGCUGGCUCGUUGAGGCUCGCCGUGUCGCUUCCUACUUUGCUGCGGCGAGAGUGCGCAAGACGCUCCACAGAGCUCCUGACCCGGAGUUUCCCUUGGCGCAGGGCUUGCAACUUCCUCUCCCUGAGGGUGGAGUCCCUUGCUACGGAGGCCACAGACAGUGUGCUCUCGAGGCUGCCGAGGACAGGGAGCUCUUCUUGGCAUCGCUGGCUGUCGGAUGCAAUUGGUGGCACUUUCACCGUGGGUCUAAAGCUCCACGUGGUGAUCCACAGCGCUUGUGCGCAUGCGGGGGCUUCACUCCUUCGAGGCCGCACUUGGUUUGGGUUUGCCCCCGCACCGCGGAGGCCAGGGAGGGAGUUCAACUCCCUGCUAAUCGUGGCGAGGAAAGACUUUUAGCCAAGGCCAUUCCUCCUCAGCCGCCUCCCCCUGGUGGAGUUCCUGAUGGCCUGCAGCUGCAGCUUGCUGAGUGCAUCGAGCGCAGGUUGAGGGAGGAUGCUUGCCUCUUUCUUGCUACCGACGGAUCUGCCAUCGAUGAGGUUGCGGCUUUCGCUGUAGUCGUCCCCGGCAGCCUUGCUUUCGUUUCAGGCCUGGAUACUGAGGCCCAGACCGCUUAUCGUGCUGAGGUUGAUGCUGCUACCUUCACUUUGGCCGCGAUCGAGACCUUGAAGGGUGGUGGCAAAUCGCCCAAUCUUGCUCGACGUGCCCACGAUGCUUUGUGCCGACUUCGUGCGCUUGCUGAAGUCGAGAUCUUCUGGAUCCCUGCUCACGACAAGAUCAAGGAUGGUUGGGCGCCGCACCGGCUGGCUUCCGAAUCCUGGCUUCGUGGUCUCAACGCUGCUGCGGAUAAGGCUGCUCGCAAGGAGGCCUCCAGACUGCUCAGAGGAUCCCAGAUCCAACGUUGGCGUCGGCUCCGUGAUGAUGCCGUGAAGUGGGAGGUUGCCGCUAUCAAGGCAGCCGCUGCGGCCGCAAAGGUCGCUCGAGCCUGGUGGUGGGCAGCGUGA